ACCUUUCUGAUCAUCGAUGGUGCCAGUUUAGAAUAGAACGUCGCUAUCCUUUGGUUUGUUUUGUCCUCGCUAGUAACGCUACUCGUACCCAUCAACUAGAAUAGCUGAUCGAAAUGGCCACAGAAACGCAGCAGACGCCCAAAUCCGAUCUCUCAAGUCUUCCUGCCGAGACGGUUGAGUUUGCCCAUAAGAUAUUUGAUGCCGCUAGAAAUGGCAAUACAGAGCUAGUACUACAGGCCGUUGAUGCAGGCCUUCCCGCCAAUUUAACCAACGAAAAGGGGAACACUCUUCUCAUGCUUUCCGCAUAUGCGGGUCACGUUGAUCUUACAAAAGGCCUCCUUGCUCGUGGCGGAGAUCCGAACAGAUUGAAUGACCUUGGUCAAUCUAUGAUAGCGGGUGCGGUUUUUAAGACACAUAACGAGGUUGUGCAUAUCCUCGCAAACGCCGGGGCAGACCCUAGGAUUGGGACUCCAAAUGCCAUCCAAACAGCUCAUAUGUUUGGAAGAAAAGAGCUGAUGGAGGUGCUUGGUGCCAAGGAAGGCGACAUAGGUGCAGACGUACCUACACCAUUUAGUACUGCUGGGGACAAAAAAUCUGUCUGAGCAGAUUGUUCAUAAACUUAUGAGAUGAUAUGUAAGUGAUGUCAUUAGAAACUCUAUCCAAGGCUCUAUCCACCAAUUUAU